AUAAAAUGACCCCAAAAAACACGGUUCUGUGUAUACUCCCAUUUGGCUCUGUAGCCUCAUACUCCUCCAUCCUCAUCAUCACAAUUUCACAAUUAUUUCUCUCUCUCUCUCUCUCUGUUUUUCAUUUUUAUCUUUUAGAUGACAUCAAAAUCAAAUAAUGGAUCCAAAUCCCAAGCUGAGUGUUGCAUGUGUGGAGAUUUUGGCUUCUCUUACGAGCUUUUUCACUGCAAAAUCUGCCAAUUCAGAUCCCAACACAGGUACUGUAGCAAUUUAUACCCCAAAGCCGAUUGCUACCGAAUAUGCAAUUGGUGUCUUGGUCAAAAGGAGGAAUCAAACCCCAAAUCACCAAAUUCUUCUUCCUCUAAUAAACCACAAAUCACCACACACCAAAUUCCCACUUUUCAAUCCCAACUAAACAAACUCAUCAAAAAACAGAGCUCCCCUGAAGUAAUUCUGCCCCCUCCCCCGCCUCCACCUCGCCGGAGACCCCUCCCCCUCGACGACAAACUCCGUCGGACUAGAUCGGAGGAGAUUUCCCACCGGACUGGGAUCAAACGGCCGGUCAUCUUUAGAAACAAGGUCAGAAGGUACAAACUUUUGGACGAGGUUUCCAGCUGAAAAUUUUCAAAUCAUUUGUGUUUUUGUUUUUAGGUUUACCAAAAAAUUUAAUGAAAUGGAACUUAAAGAGAAAUAAAGAGAGAACUGGAAUCCAAAUAGCUCAGUAAAUUAUGUUGAUAAUAGUGAUAUAAUAACAAUUAAAGAUUAAGAAAAAUACUUUUUGUGUGA